GACCCAUGUUGGACUAAGUUGGGCUAGACAAAGAACUUGCAAUUCGAGGAAUGGGCCAGAAAUUUGGACAGUAAUCGGGUUCCUGGCAGCAAGAACGAUUAGGGGUUAGCCGGUAGUAAAGCCAGAAAUUUCUUCACAUGUGAAUCUGUAUAUAUAUCGAUCUCUGCUCCGCUUUGCUUUGCGGCUUGUAACAAAUUUCCACUAAAUCAACGCGGGUCGGGUUCAGAAUAUCCCGGUGCGAAGGUAUCGUUCCGUUUAUUCUGGGCGGUGGACGACGAGGAGGUUCGCUCCUCUUUUAGAGUCGAUUGAUGGGUACCGAGCGGAAGAGGAAGGUGAGUUUGUUCGACGUUGUGGACAAUAGCGGCUCCAAGAUCCCGAAAAUCAACGGUCUUGGUUCUGCUCUUCUGGGUAACAGCGUCCCAAUGUCUUCCUCUAUCAAUAAGUGGACCGCCAAGCCCUAUUCCCAGAGAUACUUUGAGAUUUUGGAGAAGAGGAAGACUCUUCCUGUUUGGCACCAGAAAGACGAGUUCCUGCAAACAUUGAAAGAGAAUCAAACCCUCAUCCUCGUCGGUGAAACGGGUAGUGGUAAAACCACUCAGAUACCUCAGUUUGUUCUUGAUGCCAUUGAUGUUGAGACCCCUGAUAAGCGUAGGAAGUAUAUGGUUGCUUGCACUCAGCCUCGGAGGGUUGCUGCUAUGUCUGUUUCUCGUCGAGUUGCCGAAGAGAUGGAUGUGGCCAUUGGAGAAGAAGUGGGUUACAGCAUUCGUUUUGAAGAUUGCAGCAGUGCUCGCACAGUUUUAAAGUACUUGACAGAUGGUAUGCUCUUAAGGGAAGCCAUGACAGACCCUCUCCUGGAAAGAUACAAGGUAAUAAUUCUUGAUGAAGCUCAUGAAAGGACAUUGGCAACUGAUGUUCUAUUUGGACUUCUUAAGGAGGUGUUGAAAAACAGACCGGAUCUCAAGCUAGUUGUCAUGAGUGCCACUCUUGAGGCUGAAAAGUUUCAGGGUUAUUUUUAUGGUGCACCUCUUAUGAAAGUUCCUGGCCGGCUUCAUCCUGUGGAAAUCUUUUACACUCAGGAGCCUGAAAGGGAUUACCUUGAAGCAGCUAUUCGGACUGUUGUGCAGAUACAUAUGUGCGAACCUCCUGGCGAUAUCCUUGUCUUUCUAACCGGAGAAGAGGAGAUUGAGGAUGCAUGUAGGAAAAUAACAAAAGAAAUCACCAAUUUGGGAGAUCAAGUGGGUCCCAUAAAACCAGUUCCACUUUAUUCUACACUUCCUCCAACCAUGCAACAGAAGAUUUUUGAACCUGCUCCCCCUCCACUUGUAGCAGGUGGUCCUCCUGGGAGGAAGGUUGUUGUCUCUACAAAUAUUGCUGAGACAUCAUUGACCAUAGAUGGUAUAGUUUAUGUUAUAGACCCAGGGUUUGCAAAGCAAAAAGUUUAUAACCCCAGGGUACGUGUUGAGUCUUUGUUGGUCUCUCCAAUUUCAAAGGCAAGUGCACACCAAAGAUCUGGGCGUGCUGGAAGAACACAGCCAGGAAAAUGCUAUAGACUGUACACAGAAAAGAGCUUUCAGAACGAUCUCCAACCACAGACCUAUCCCGAAAUACUUAGAUCAAACCUUUCCAAUACAGUUCUAACUUUGAAGAAGCUAGGAAUAGACGAUUUAGUCCAUUUUGAUUUCAUGGAUCCUCCAGCCCCAGAGACAUUAAUGAGAGCCUUGGAGGUUCUGAAUUACCUUGGUGCCUUGGAUGAUGAAGGGAACUUGACAAAAUUGGGUGAGAUCAUGAGUGAGUUGCCCCUGGAUCCCCAAAUGGCAAAAAUGCUCGUCGUCAGCCCAGAAUUUAAUUGCUCCAAUGAGAUUCUCUCUGUGUCUGCCAUGCUAUCAGUACCCAACUGCUUUAUCCGGCCUAGGGAGGCUCAAAAAGCUGCAGACGAAGCGAAAGGGCGUUUUAGCCACAUUGAUGGAGAUCACCUCACGCUGCUGAAUGUAUACCACGCUUACAAGCAAAACCAGGAGGAUCCACAAUGGUGUUAUGAAAAUUUCAUUAACCACAGGGCUCUCAAGUCAGCAGAUAACGUCAGGCAGCAACUUGCACGCAUUAUGGCAAGAUUUAACCUAAAGCUAUGUAGCACUGACUUCAACAGCCGUGACUACUAUGUCAACAUAAGGAAGGCAAUGUUAGCUGGCUAUUUCAUGCAGGUGGCUCAUUUAGAACGUACAGGUCACUAUUUGACAGUGAAGGAUAAUCAGGAGGUUCACUUGCACCCUUCAAACUGUCUGGAUCAUAAGCCAGAAUGGGUUAUAUACAAUGAGUACGUGUUAACAAGCAGGAAAUUUAUCCGUACUGUGACUGACAUCCGGGGAGAUUGGUUGAUUGAUAUAGCACCACACUAUUAUGAUAUCACAAAUUUCCCCCAGUGUGAAGCAAAACAUGUACUUGAUAGAAUGUACAAGAAGAGGGACAGAGAACGAGGGGACCAACACAAGAAAAAGAAAUGAAUAUCUGAUAGCAAGGGACCGCGGGAAGGGAGUGUUUGGCCUUCAGCUAUGAGCCUAUGAAUGAAUUUCACCUAUCGAGUACAAUUGCUUGUUUUGAAAUUUAGGAAGGACUAAGUUAAUUUUAUUUAUGCAUUGAUAACAAUGAAAUAGCGCAGUGUUGUUUUUAAAUGCCUUCUGUUGACAAUAUUGUCUCCCUUCUACUUUUACUUUUUGAUCCGCUCGUUACUGUCUUGAAGACUCUCUUUUUUGAAAUUAGGGCUUGUUUGGUUUGCAUAUUUUAGACACAAGGGCAAGCGGUCAUUAUCGUGUCAUAAGUGAUACGUCCAUGCUACAUGUAAUCUCAUUAAAAGCAUAAUUUUUAU